UAGACGUGCGAAAUGUAUUUAAUUAUAGGCAAACACUGAAUAUAUAUUUAUUUUGUGUUUUUAGUUUUCAUUAGCAGAACAAAUCUAUAGUUUUAACAUAAUAUUCUUUAUAUUUUUAACACCCAUAUAAUGGAUAAUUGUAAAUACGAAGAUAUACGAAUACCAGAGAUUGUAAAAAGUUCAAAUAAACAUUCCUGGCGACCGAUUUUAAGACAGUCGUUAAUCGGUAGCGGCGUAUUGGCAUAUCCGUUUAUGUACGGCCUAAGUUUCGGAUCUCCAACCGUGCUGAUCCACCAGCUGCGGCGGGAGGCCAACUCCACCGCGGCGGUCAGUGAUGAGAUGGAAUCGUGGCUGUCUUCCUGCAUGAUCUAUAGCAGUAUACCAGCCGCAAUCAUUCUAACCAUCCUCGCUGAUGCAAUUGGACGAAAACGUACAUGCCUUGUUCUCUCACUGACUUCUUUAUCAGGAUACCUUUUGUUCUAUCUUACUAACAACUUGAAGGAUUUACUAAUAAGUCAAAGCAUACAGGGAGUACUGGCCGCAGCGCACAUAACUACAUCGGCGAUGGCGUUGACAGAGUACCUAUCACCUCAAUAUCGGGGUGUGUUUUUAAAUAUCAAAGGAGUCUCUUUGUUCUGGGGAGUUUGGGUAUCCAACGCUAUGGGAACAUUUUUACAUUGGAAAACUAUUAGCUUGUUAGGGUCAGCUUGCGCAUUCUACACUAUACUAUCAGUACUCAUUUGGCCAGAGUCCCCAUAUUGGUUGUCAGAGAAAGGGCGCUACGAUGAAUGCGCAAAAUCACAUCGAUGGUUAAAAGGUUCGAGCUUAGACGCCGAGAAGGAAUUGCAGAAUCUAAUCGCUUAUAAGGCAAACAAUAAAAGUGACGUAAAUUCGUGGAAACAAUUAUUAAGUUCUUUCAAAAUGAUGUCUCAGAAAGAAGUAUACAAACCAAUGUUUCUAUGUAUUUUACUUAUGGCACUGCAACAGUUUUCUGUGUAUAAAUAUUUACCUGAAACCAAAGACAAAACAUUGGUUGAGAUAGCUGAGACGUUUAGGGAAUUGCCAAAAACUGAUACGUUAAUGGUACCAUUAAACGAUAAUAAUAAAAUAUUAGAAAAAUCUGAAGUUUCAUAG